CGGCGGCAGCGCGGUGCCGGGGCGAUGCGGCGCUACCUGCGUCUCGUGGUGCUGUGUCUGGGCUGCGGAUUCUGCUCGCUUCUCUAUGCCUUCAGCCAGCUCGCCGUGUCACUGGAGGAAGGAGCGGGCGGCGGUGGCGGGAAGCCGCAGGCCGCAACGGCUUCCUGGCUCUCGGGCGGCGGACGCGGCGCCGCGAGAUGGGCUGGCAGCGCCGGUCCCGGGGUGCGUCCGGGCCGGUCGGACAGGUGUAAAGAUUUCUCACUGUGUUACUGGAAUCCCUAUUGGAUGCUGCCCUCUGAUGUUUGUGGAAUGAACUGCUUUUGGGAAGCGGCUUUUAGGUAUAGUCUGAAAAUACAUACCGUUGAAAGAAUGCACCUAGCUGUAGUUGCCUGUGGUGAAAGACUGGAAGAAACUAUAACCAUGUUGAAGUCAGCUAUAAUUUUCAGCAUCAAACCUCUUCAGUUCCAUAUUUUUGCUGAAGAUCAGCUACAUGACAACUUUAAAGGCAUACUUGAUAGCUGGUUAUUACUACAAACAUUUAAUUAUACAUUAUACCCAAUAACCUUUCCAAGUGAGAACGCAGCGGAGUGGAAAAAACUCUUUAAACCAUGUGCUUCCCAGAGAUUAUUCUUGCCAUUAAUCCUGAAAGAAGUUGACUCACUGUUGUAUGUCGACACUGAUAUCCUUUUUUUACGACCCGUUGAUGAUAUUUGGUCUUUACUGAAGAAAUUUAACUCCACACAAAUUGCUGCAAUGGCACCAGAGCAUGAGGAGCCUCGGAUAGGAUGGUAUAACCGCUUUGCCAGACAUCCGUACUAUGGAAAAACUGGAGUAAACUCUGGGGUUAUGCUGAUGAACAUGACUCGAAUGAGAAGGAAGUAUUUCAAGAAUGAUAUGACAACUGUACGACUACGAUGGGGAGAUAUACUUAUGCCGUUGCUUAAAAAAUAUAAACUAAACAUCACGUGGGGCGACCAAGAUUUAUUGAAUAUCAUGUUUUUUCAUAACCCAGAAAGCCUCUUUGUUUUUCCAUGUCAAUGGAAUUAUCGACCAGAUCAUUGUAUAUAUGGAAGCAAUUGCCAAGAAGCAGAAAAAGAAGGAAUCUUUAUUCUUCAUGGGAACAGGGGUGUUUACCAUGAUGAUAAGCAACCAGCAUUUAGAGCUGUUUAUGAAGCACUGAGAAAUGAGGCAGCAUAUGAUCAGGAACUGAUGGUACUGAAGUAAGAAGUCCAAGCUGCACUGAAGGCAUUGGUGAAAAGCAAGCCUUCAGGAGUUGACCGAAUACCAGUUGAGAUGUUUUAACAGUUGGGUACAGCACUGGAAGUGCUCACUCGUCUAUGCCAAAAAAUUUGGAAGAUAGCUACCUGACCUCCUGACUGGAAGAGGUUCGUAUCUGUGCCUAUUCCCAAGAAGCGUGAUCCAACCAAAUGAGGAAAUUAUUGGCAAUAUCAUUAAUGUCACAGAAGUAAAAUUAUGCUAUAGAUCAUUCAAAAGUGGCUGCAGCAGUAUAUCAAUAAGGAACUGCCAGAAAUUCAAGCCGGAUUCAGAAGAGGAUGUGGAACCAGGAGCAUCAUUGCUGAUAUCAGAUGGAUGCUGGCUGAAAGCAGAGAAUAUCAGAAAGAUGUUUACCUGUGUUUUAUUGACUGUGCAAAUGUGUUCGAAUGUGUGGAUCAUAACAAAUUAUGGGUAACAUUGCAAAGAAUGAGAAUUCCAGUGCACUUAAUUGUGCUCAUGAGGAACCUUUACAUAGAUCAAGAGGCAGUUGUUGAACAGAGCAAGGGAAUACUGCCUGGCUUAAAGUCAGGAAAGGCGUGCGUCAGGGUUGUAUUCUCUCACCACACCUAUUCAGUCUGUAUGCUGAGCAAAUAAUCCGAGAAGCUGGACUAUAUGAAGAAGAAUGGGGCAUCAGGAUCGGAGACUCAUUAACAACUUGUGUCAUGCAGAUGACACAACCUUGCUUGCUGAAAGUGAAGAGGACUCGAAGCACUUACUGAUGAAGAUCAAAGACCACAGCCUUCAGUAUGGAUUACACCUCAGCAUAAAGACAACAAAAAUCCUCACAACUGGACCAGUAAGCAACAUCAUGAUAAAUGAAGAUCGAAGUUGUCAAAGAUUUCAUUUUGCUUGGAUCCACAAUCAACGCCCAUGGAAGCAGCUGUCAAAAAACCAAAAGAGGCAUUGCAUUGGGCAAAUCUGCUGCAAAAGAUCUCUUUUAAAUGGUUGAAAAGUGAAGAUGUCACCUUGAAGACUAAGGUACGCCUGACCCAAGCCAUGGUGUUUUUUAAUUGCCUCAUAAGCACGCGAAAGCUGGAUGAUGAAUAAAGAAGACUGAAGAAGAAUCAACGCCUUUGAAUUGUGGUGCUGGUGAAGAAUAUUAAGUAUACCAUGGACUGCCAAAGGAACAAACAAAUGUGUUUUGGAAGACGUACAACCAGAAACCUCCUUAGAUAAAAGGAUGGCGAGACUAUGUCUCACAUACUUGGACAUGUUAUCAGGAGGAUCAGUCCCUGGAGGAGAUCAUGCUUGGUAAAGUAGAGGGUCAGUGAAAAAGAGGAACACCCUCAACAAGAUGGAUUGACACGGUGGCUGCAACAAUGGGCUUAGGCAUAACAAGGAGUGUGUGGGUGGUGCGGGACUGGACAUUGUUUUGUUCUAUUGUACAUGGGUUCGCUAUGAGCCGCUAUGAGUCAGAACCAACUCGACGGCAGCUAACAACAACAACAAACUACAGCUCAUUGAUAGGAAUGGGAAUAAAAAUACUUAACCGUAACACAUUAUGACAGAGAUUGUACUAGAACUGUGAAAGAGUAUAAUAGCUUUGCUUUGAAGGGUCGGAGGAGGCCUCAUUGGUCGCAUUUGAAGUGGGCCCUAAAGAAUGAGUAUGAAUUUGCCAGGUGAGUAAAAGCAGCCUGGGUAGAGAACUGCCUGAGAAAAGGCUCAGAGCCUGUGAAAAAAACCCAUGGUGUGGUCAGGUGAUGAGCUGUGCAGGUUGACUGGAGUGUUGGAUGAAGGUAGGAAGUGGCUGGGGAUGAAGGUGAAAAUGGAGGUGGUGAUGAUCUGCCAUGAUAAGGAAAUGAAAUUUUCUUUUGGAAAUCUGUGUUUCUCAAACUUGGUGGUAGACAAAGUCCUAAUAGCAUUGUAAGCUCAGUUUUACAUGUUUUUGCUUGGUUUCUUGUCCUAUAAAUUUGACAACUAAGUUUUCUAAAUAAUUAGUUUAUCAUGUUAUCACUACUCACUAAAGAAUAUAGAAUUUAGUGUUGAUGUUUAUUUUAAUAUAGUAGCCUUUUAUUCCUUCAGAAAUCAAUAUCAUAUUUUAAUAGUGCUUUUUUAUGGGUUUUCAGAAGGUGAUAAAAAUGAAGAAAAGUUCUUUCGGGGGUCUGAGGCUUUGCAGGAUAAAAAGGAAAUACGUUCCUAUAAAAAUGUGAAUUUUCUGUUUGUUUCUUUUGAGGCUUUAUAAAGCCCAUUAUUAGGGAACUAAAUCUGUCUAUUUUUAUUUGAACUUUCUCUGGUUUAUAUAUCUUUUAAAAGCUGAGUAAUGAUUUUAAGCUGUGCAAUUAUGCACUUGAAUUUUUAAAAAUAAAUCUUGUCUUUAAAAUGAUUUCAAGUACUGAAUUAAUGAUUUUUGUGUUUGUUUUGGGUCUGUAUUAACUGCAGCUUAUAUCUAUCCAUUUUUCAACUUAAUAAAAUUAAUCUUUUAUGGUACUCUUGGUUAGUGUUUUUAUAUUCCCUGAUCUAUAAUUCAGUGAGAAAUGUAAUUUUUAAAGAAUUGCAUUCAGACAAGGGUAGUUAUGCAAGUUCACACAGAAGCUUAGUCAUAGCCAUGAAAUGCAGUGAACUAUCUCUGAAUUAUAAAAGAUGUGAAUUCUGUUUAAUCCAUAAAUAUUUGUUAAAUAUUAGUUGUUGAAUGAAUAAAAAUAUUUUGAGUUCAAAAAGUGCAAAUUCAGAAUAGGAACAAAACAUGUUAUUGCUCCAUAAGGUAUUUUCUACUUCAUGUAUUUCAUUCUGAAUUAUUAUAUUUCUUGGCAUUUGUCUUUAAUUUAAUUCGCACCCUGUUUAUAUUUGCAUAACUGUCUCUGCAAGGGAGCCUUGACUAUGGGGAUCAUUAUCUUAUGUACUUUUGUCUUCUGACUACAAUGCCUCCUUCUAUAUGGUUAGUACUCAGCAUUUUUGAAUUGAGCUGCCAAUCCGCCAUACUUUCAAAACAGAAAAUGCCCAGGAUUGCCUAAUUGUGGCUAUCAUAGCUGCACUGCUUAUUCCCUGUCUUUCAGUUGGCAGUCUUCUAUAUUAAGCAUAAGCAUAAGAUGCCGAAAUAUUUGGAAUUUGGUACCGUGCAAGUGCAAAGAGGGCGUGAUUAACUAGGUCAGGAGAGGCUUGUCUGGGAGCUGACGUUUGAACUGAGCUCUGAGGAAUGAUGAGUACCAGGCAGAGGAGGAGACAUGAGGACAAGUCAGGCACAGCAUACAGUAUGUCCAGAGGCCUGGAGUCAUGUAAGGGCACAUGUGGCCUCCUGGGAAAGGGAAACACCCAGGUGCAGGUUACCUACCGUCCCCUCUGCAGGCACCUGCAGUAGGUUAUGUGAAUGGCAGAAUGCCGUGUCUUCAGGCUGUAUUUGUCUAGGUGGACAUUUUGAUAGUUUAUCUUCUUCCUUGAAGGUCAAAUUGCUUGUGUCAGGUUAGACCAGAAAGAGGUCUAAUUCAUGAGGCACUUUUUUAUUUCAGGAAAAUACUCAUCAAAAGACUGUUCCUUUUCCAGUGAAGGGGAAAAAAUUUUUUUUUCCAACCACCAUCACUGAUUUAUAUCACAUGAAAGUAAAUAAGCUGAAUCUCAAGUACGUACUUCAUAGUCCUGGGAAUCAGUAAUCUUCCUCCAACUCUUAAAACACCUUAACAAUGCUUUCAUUUUAUUGUCAUGGUAUAGUAAAAAAAAAAAAUUCAGAGUUUGGUGUGUCUACUUUUCAACUAGUUGUUCAAGUAUAUUUUUUGUACACAUUGAAAUGUUACUUCGCAGUAUCAUUUGAUAAAGGUACCUUCUUCUGCUGGGCUGCCAUUUGCAAUCCCCAGAAGAUUUAGGUUUAUCUGAUACAGCACAGCACAUUUCCCAGUUUUCCACUGUUACUGAAGCUACAUCUUUCAACAGAAUUUUUAAAAUGGACCUGGCAAGUUGGACUAGUUAUCUAGAUCUGCUAUAACAGAAAUACCACAAGUGGGUCUCUUUAACAAAGAGAAAUUUAUUCCCUCACAGUUUAGGAGGCUGAAGUACAAAUUUCAGGGUGCCAGCUCUAGGGGAAAGCUUUCUCUCUGUCGUUUUUUGGGGAAGGUCCUCAUCAUCAGGCUUUCCCUGGUCUGGGAGCUUCUCUGUGCAGGAACACCUGGGUCCAAAGGACUCACUCUGCUCGUGGCAGUGCUUUCUUGGUGGUAUGAGGUCCCCAUGUCUCUCUGCUCACUUUUGUCUUUUAUAUUUCAAGAGAUUGACUAAAGAUAUAACCUAAUCUUAUAGAAUGAGUCCUGCCUCAUUAAUGUAGCUGCCUCUAGUCCUGCCUCAUUAACAUCAUAGAUGUAGGAUAUACAACACAUAGGAAAAUCACAUCAGAUGACAAAAUGGUGGACAAUCACACAAUACUGGGAAUCAUGACCUAGCCAAGUUGACACACAUUUUUAGGGGACACAAUUCAAUCCAUAACACAAGGUUUCAUUUGCUUUUUUGGAUAAGCAGUGCUGUAGGGUGAUUAAGGACUUGGACUUUUGUAUCUAGACUACCAGUGUAGAAUCCUGGCUUAGCCGCUUACAACUUUAUAGCUGUGGGAAAAUGAUGUCUUCCUACCUUAGUUGCUUCAUAGUCAACUGGGGAUAACCACACACACACACACACACACACACACACACACACAAAUCCCAAACCAACUGCCAUCAAGUCAAUUCCAACUCAUAGCGGCCCUAUAGGACAGAGUAGAACUGCCGCAUAGGGUUUCCAAGGCUGGAAAUCUUCAUGGAAGCAGACUGCAGCAUCUUUCUCCUUCAGAGCAGCUCAUGAGUUCAAAUCGUCAUCCUUUGGGUUAGCAGCCAAGUACUUUAACCACCGUGCAGCCAGGGCUACCGGGGAUGAUAAUGAGAGUACCUGUUUUGUAAGGUUGUUGUGAGGAUUAAAUGCAUGAAUGCACACCAAGUUCUUAGAAUGGUGCCCGUUGUGUAGGAAGCAUUAUGGGUGUUAGCCGUUAUUUUCACGAUAUUGCGCCUAGCUUAAGCUUUCCCCACCCCCGUUUUUGUCUUCAAAACAAUUUCAAGUAAUUAGCUUCAGUGUAUGUGAUUGGUUUUUAAAAGUCUCUCCAAAAGUGAUGGUUUCAUGCAGUUAUUGCUGACGAUUUUCUUGCUCAAGAGAUACCAAAGCUUAGAAUCUCUUCCCACCAUGCGUCUGUCAGUUUGUCAUACUGUGGUGGCUUUCGUAUGAAUCUUGGAAAAUUGGAAGUCAUCAGAAAUGAAAUGGAACUCGUAAAGAUCAAUAUCCUAGGCAUUUGUGAGCUGAAAUGGACUGGUAUUUGCCAUUUUGAAUCAGACAGUUGUAUGGUCUCCUAUGCCAGGAAUGACAAAUUGAAGAGGAAUGGCAUAACAUUUGUCAUCAAAAAGAAUAUUUCAAGAUUUAUCCAGACGUACAGUGCCGUCAGUGAUAGGAUAAUAUCCAUAUGUCUUCAAGGAAGAUCAGUAUCAUGGAUUGAACUAUGUCUCCCCAAAAAUGUGUGUAUAAAUACCAUGAUUCCCGGUAUUGUGUGAUUUCCCUGUAUGUAGUAAAUUCUGCCUCUAUGAUGUUAAUGAGAGGAUGGACAGCAGUUGUAUUAGUUAGGCAAGACUCGACCUACAGGAUUGGAUUGUGUCUUGAGGCAAUCUCUUGAAAUAUGAAAGAAGCAGGCAGAGAGCCAGGGGACCUCAUACCACCAAGAAAGCAGCACUGGGAGCAGAGCGCAUCCUUUGGACCCAGGGUCCCUGUGCCUGAGAAGCUUCUCAGCCAGGGGAAGGUUGAGGACAAAGACCUUCCUCCAGAGCCAACAGAGAGAGAAAGCCUUCCCGUGGAGCUGACGCCCUGAAUUUGGACUUUUAGCCUACUUCACUGUGAGGAAAUAAAUUUCUCUUCUUUAAAGCUAUCCACUCGUGGUAUUUCUGUUAUAGCAGUACUAGAUGACUAAAACAAUCGGUUAAUGCCACUACUAUUCAAAUUUACAUACCAACCAAUAAUGCCAAAGAUGAAGAAAUAGAAGAUUUUUACUGACUUCUGCAGUCUAAAAUUGAUCAAACGUAAUCAAGAUGCAUUGGUAUUUACUGGUGAUUGGAAAGAAGGAUCGGUAGUUGGACAAUAUGGCCUUGGUGAUAGAAAUGAUGCCGAAGCUUGCAUGAUAAUAUUCUGCAAAACCAAUGGCUUCUUCAUUGCAAAUACCUUUUUUCAGCAACGUAAGUGGCAAUUAUACAUGAGGAUCUCAUCAAGUGGAAAACACAGGGAUCAAAUUGACUACACCUGUGGAAAGACACGGUAGAAGAGCUCAGUAUCAUCAGUCAGAACAAGGCCGGGGCCAACUGUGGAACAGACCAUCAAUUGCUCCUAUGCAAGUUCUAGUUGAAUAUGAAAAAACUUAGAACAAGUCCACGAGAACCAAAAUAUGACUUUGAGUAUGUCCCACCUGAAGACCAGACAAGUUGUGGGAGGAUAUCAAGGGCAUCAUACAUGAAGUAAGAAAAGGCCAUUAAAAAGACAUGAAAGAAAGAAAAGACCAAAAUGGAUGUCAGAAGAGACUCAGAAAUGUGCUCUUGAACUUACUGUAGCUAAAGCGAAUGGAAGAAAUGAUGAAGUAAAAGAGCUGAACAGGUUUCAAAAGUUGGCUCGAGAAGACAGAAUAAAGUAUUAUAAUGAAAUGUGCAAAGACAUGGAGUUAGAAAACCAAAAGGGAAGAGCAAAUUUGGCAUUUCUCAAGCUGAAAGAACUGAAGAAAUAAUUCAAGCCUCAAUUGCAAUAUUGAAAGAUUCUACCAGAAAAAUAUUGAGCAACUCAGGAAACAUCAAAAAGAAGAUGGAAGGAAUACCCAGAGUCACUGUAUCAAAAAAGAAUUGGUCGACAUUCAGCCAAUUCAGGAGGUAGCAUAUGAUCAAGAACUGAUAGUAUCGAGGGAAGAAGUCCAAGCUGCACUGAAGGCAUUGACGAAAACAAGGUUCCAAGAAUUGAUGGAAUACCGAAUGAGAUGUUUCAACAAACAGAUGCAACACUGGAAGUCCUCACUCAUCUAUGUGAAGAAAUUUGGAAGACAGCUACCUGGCCAACCAAUAGAAAGA